AUGUUUCAUUUAAUUGUAUACAGCGAUGAUAGUCUGCAAAAGGUAAAACGCUCGCUGAACGUAUUCGAAAAUAUUUAUGAUCAGAAUGGAAACAAACUUGAAAAAGCAGCUGAGCAAAGUAUUAAAAAAUGUUUGGAUUCAGACAUUCCAAGAUAUAUACAUAAACUAAUUGAUGAUGAAAAUAAAGAUUAUAAAGAAUAUAUUAAUGAUUAUAAUUAUAAUUAUAUUUAUAAUUCUUAUCUUAGAAAAGAUAUUAUACAAUUUUAUACUUGUAAUUUGUUACAGUUAUAUAUUAAAGAUACCAAAAAUUGUGAUUUAUAUUUAAUUGAUGAAUAUGAAGAAGAUCAAUCAAAAUGUAUUGAUAAUAAACAAAAAAAUAAAAAUACACAAAAUGUAUAUAAAAAAGAAAAACAUACUGUUGAAGAAAAUAAUGUUCUAUCAUCAUCUAAUAAUAUAGAUGAUAUAUCUGUUGAUAUGAUCAAUCUUCCAUUACAUCGUUCUCAUAUAUUACUUAUACUAUCCCUACCAACAUAUUAUCCAUUUUAUGAAUUCUUUUUAUUGAUACAAGAUUUUAUAAAUUUUAUUGUGCACAUCAAAAUAUUUAAGUUAAGAGGUUAUUUAAACUUUCUUAAGAAAAAAAAAAAAAAAAAAAAAUUCAAUAAUAAAAAAAAAAAAAAUAAUAUUAAUAAUAAUAAUAAUAAUAAUAAUUAUAAUAAUUGUAGUAGUUGUAGUAGUUGUUGUAUUGAUAAGAUUAAAAAAAAUGAUAUCGAUGGAGAUAUAAAAAAAAAAAAGACAGAAAAUCCAAAUGGGGACACACAAAUGAAUACAUAUAAUAUCAAUUCCAAAUCUCAAAGUAAAUGCAAACAAAAAGUAAAUAAUUUAAAAGAUGAAAAUAACACAUAUAUAGAAAAUAAUGAAUUAUGCAAGUUGAAUAAUAAAAAUUAUAAUAAAUUAACUCAUGUGGAAAAAAAAGAAGAAAAAUUUUAUAGGAAAAAUAUUUCUACACAUGAUAAUAUUUAUGAUGAUCAUUUAUAUUCUUUUGAUUAUAUGGAUGAUAGUUCUAUAAGUUCUGGAUCAUAUUUAUAUGAAGACUCUUUGAAAAAUGUGUCUUUAAAGGAAGAAGAAAAAAAAUUAUUAAAUACAUGCGUAAAGGAUAAUUUGAAAGAUAAUUAUAUGUAUAAUGAAAAUGUUUUGGAUUUAUUAAAUGUAAAUAAUGACAUUAAUAAUAAUAAUAAUAAUAAUAUAAAUGGGAAUACUUAUGAUUGUUACCAAAAAAAUAAUUCUUUAAAUUAUUAUAAUUUUCUUCACACAGAUAAAAUCUUGUCCUCAUAUAACACAAUGUAUCAUAAUAUAAAAAAGAACUUAAAAAAAAAAAAAAAAAUUCAUACCUAUUCGAUCCUUAUAUUUUUCAAGACACAAAUAUAUGCUGAUAUGUUUUAUAAAAAAUUCCAUUGUAGAAAUUUAAGUGCCUUUAAGUGUACAAAGGUAUCAGAGAAAAAAGUAAAAAAUUUUUAUGACAACUGGUAUAUAUAUUGUGCAUUUGUAAAUUUGAUAUAUUAUAUAUUAAAUGAUAAAGAGAAUAUGGAACAUGUGGCUACAAAUGAAUCUACUAGAAAGUUCAUAUUGAACAAAAAUGUGUCUGAUGGUAUAUAUGAUGGUAUAUAUGAUGAUAUGUCUGAUGGUAUAUAUGAUGGCAUAUCUGAUGGUAUGUCUGAUGAUAUAUCUAAUUUUAUGUGUGAUAAUGUCCAUAUGGCAUGUGCUGAUAAGGAUAUCCCCCAUAAAAUCCCCUCUAAAUACCUUAACACAAGUAUCAAAAAGAGAAAUAUGAAUGAGCAUAUUUAUUCUUCACAACUUUUUAAUAUUAAUAAAUAUGAAAAUUUUAUAAAAAGUAUUAUUAUAGAUACCAAAGUUUGCAUUUCUACAUGUUUAUUAUGUAUGGAAUUAUUUGAUAAUGAUAUAUUUCUUCUCUUAACAAGAAAUAAAAAAUUAUGUAUUAAUAAAAAAAGAAACAAUAAUUAUCAUGAUUAUAUUAAUUUGUCAUGUAAUGUAUGUACGCUCAUAUUUUUUUAUGAUAUUUCUUGUAAAUUGUUUAAUAGUGACUUUUGUCAUAUUUUAAAAACACAAAAUUUAAAUCAACAGCAAUUUGUUGGUUAUCUUGAAAAUUGGUUUUUUCUUUCAAGGGGUAAUAUGUUAGGUGGACAAAAUGAACAAAAUGAAAAAUAUUAUAAUGAUGAAAUAAAUCAAACUGAUAAAAUAAACCAGUGUGAUAAAACAAACCAGUGUGAUAAAACAAACCAGUGUGAUAAAACAAACCAGUGUGAUAAAACAAACCAGUGUGAUAAAACAAACCAGUGUGAUAAAACAAAUCAAAGUGAUGAAAAAUCUGAUAACCUUUGUGCUUUAAUUCCAACUAACCAUUUGGACCAUAAAAACAAACGUACAAAUAAACAUUCCUUCAAGAUAUUCCUAAAUAAAAGAGAAGAUGUUAUAUUAAAAGUAUUAUCAUUAAACAACAUGUUUAAUAAAUUAAAAUGUAAAAACUGUAAUAAUGUUGACGAUAUAUGGUUAUGUUUGAUAUGUUCUAAUGUUGGGUGUGGAAGGUAUCAAAAACGUCAUGCUCAGAUGCAUAGUUCUCAGUUUAAUCAUCAUUAUUGUAUUAAUAUGAAAACAAAGAAGAUAUGGAAUUAUAUACUAGAUACAUAUAUUGAAGAAAGAGUACAUAAGAAUUUAGAAGAUAUUACUACACUACAUUCUGAAAAUUCAUAUGAUGAUUUUUAUAAAAACAAAUAUAGUAAUAUUCAUAAUAAUAAUAAAAAUAAAAGUAAAAAUAAAAUUAUUCAUAAUAAUGAUCAUUAUUCUAAUCAAUCUUAUUAUUAUAUACAUACAAAUGAAAAGAAAAAAAAAGAAAAAAAACCUUUGCAUCUUUUAUAUUAUGAUAAUAAUUAUAUUGACGAUUUUACACUUCUAGAUGAUGAGGAAUAUCCAUUAUAUGAUUAUAAUAAAAAUAUUUAUAAUAAAAUAUAUGAUAUAUUUACUAAUGAUAUAUACAUAAAUGAUAAUUUAAAAAAUGAAUUAUUAUAUAUAUUAUAUUCACAAUUAUCACAUGAAUCUAAUAUAUAUAAUAAUAUUUUAAUAGAACUUCAAUAUAUAUAUUUAAAUAAACUUGAACAUCCAAAAAAUAUUAUCAAAAAUAUUACAGAUAAAAUAUUAGAACUACAAAUCCAAAAUAAUAAAAUAAAUUUAUUAUCUACAUAUCUAACUAAUUCUAUAAAAAAAAAAAAUAAUUUAAAAAAUUCUUUACAAGAAAAAAUUAAAUUUUAUAGAAAUAUAAAUAAUAAUAUUAUUCUGCAGAAAAAAAAUAAUAACAUAAAUAAUUACUCAAAUAAAAAUAUAAAUAAAGAAAAGGUGGAUAAAGACGUAAAAAAAAUAUACAACUUGGAUCAAACCAUAAAACAGUUGCAACAGCAAGUAGAUGACCUACUAGCAAAUUUGUAA